AACGUUUAGUCAAGGCUGGUCGCUCUGUUACGCUCGUUGAGUUACAUUCGCCUGUACAACAUGAUCGGAAUUAUAUUUUGAAAGUCAUGCAUCACAAAACUGAUAAAGUUAUAUUUGCACCAACUAAACGCUUAAAUUUGUGCAGAUGUAUUGAAUGCACAGUGUUACGCAAUCUCAGCAAAUUGCAUAGUAAAUGUCGCGUGCAUGUGUAAAUCCGUGAUUACAUGAUGAUAGCUGGACCACGUUCUUGAUUCAAAGCCGGCAAUGAAGUUAACAAAGUGACAUGAUGUGUAACGUCGAUAAUCCGCAAACUAACAUAUGUAUUCGAGAACACUUUUGCGCUUCCAACAAAAAGACAUCCAAUAAUGUUUAAAUAUAGACAUAGGAAAAAAUUAGUUAUAUUCGGUGUUACUGCAACUGUACUUGUGGCCGUUUUCGUGACAAUAAUAAUAAUUUUUGUCACACGCAAGUUGAAAGAUGCGCAACUCGUUAAUUGCGGUUCAAAAUUCCGCAGUCCUUCUGAAUUGGGCCGCUAUAAAAAGGGUGGCGUAUCGACAUGCGGCCAGGAAUGUGCAGAAAUUGGUGCCAAUAUUUUAGUUAAGGGCGGUUCGGCAGUAGAUGCGGCAAUAGCAGCACUUCUUUGCGAAGGUGUUGCAUCUUUGCACAGCAUGGGAUUGGGUGGCGGAUUUUUCAUGACAAUAUGGGACGCAAAAAACAAAAAAGCGGAUUAUUUGGACGCAAGAGAGACUGCUCCCUUGGCCGCGACCGAAGAUAUGUUCGACGGCAACGCUCAUCUAGCCAUGUAUGGUGGACUGGCAAUUGCUGUCCCAGGCGAACUUAUGGGCUAUUGGGAAGCGCACAAAAAAUAUGGAAACUUGCCAUGGUCUGAAUUAUUUAAGCCUGCUAUUGAAUUAUGCGAAGUUGGAUCUUUCGUCAAUAAUUAUCUCGCUGCGUAUCUGCUUAACAAAGAGCCUAUGAUAAAGAACGAGAGCAGUUUGGCGGAAAUACUCAUAAAUCCUGCUACAAAUAGAACGUGGAUUGCAGGAGAUAGAAUAAAAAGAAAACAACUGGCAAAUACAUUGAGACUGAUAGCUGAUAAGGGUGUUGACAUAUUUUACAAAGGUAGUAUGGCUGAUCAAUUGAUUGAAGAGAUAAGACAAUUUAAUGGGAUUAUCACAAAACAGGAUUUUGAAAAUUAUAAAGCAAUAUGGAGAAAGCCGAUCGAAUUAAAAAUGGGGAACCUGAAGGUUUACAGUGCUCCGCCGCCAGGUUCGGGAGCAAUUUUGACGUUCAUGAUGAAUGUUCUUCAUCGACUUCUACCGAUCGAUAAUGAGAAUGUGAUGUGGCAGCGUACAGUGGAGACAUUCAAAUGGGCUUACGCAAGAAGAACCGAAUUGGGAGAUCCUGACUUCGUCGAGGAUAUAGACAAAGUGCUCGCUAAUUUAACGUCCAACGAUUAUGCGGAAGUGAUAAAGGAAAGGAUAAAAGAUAACCGCACAAGUAACGAUCCGGAAGAAUAUGGUGCUGUUACUGCAACAAUCGUGGAUGCAGGAACUUCACAUGUUUCCGUUCUUGCACCUGACGGUUCCGCAGUUUCCGUUACAUCGACCAUUAAUCAAGUGUUCGGCGCGAUGAUACGCUCGAAAUCCACCGGUAUAAUAUUUAACGAUGAGAUGGACGACUUUAGCUCACCCAAUAUAACCAACGGCUUUGAACUCCCGCCGUCACCAGCGAAUUUUAUUCGGCCCGGCAAGCGGCCGUUGAGCUCGAUGAGUCCGGCUAUAGUGGUCGAUCAAGACAACAAUGUGAGAUUAGUCAUAGGUGCUGCUGGCGGUACGAAGAUCACGAGCGGCGUGGCGAUUGCAAUGAUUCUUAAUCUUUGGUACGAUUAUAACAUAAAAGAAGCGAUUGACGCCUACAGGCUUCAUCAUCAACUGCUACCCAUGAACGUGCAGAACGAGAACGGUUUCUGCCAAGCCACGUUAAAUUACUUGAGCAAGAUCGGACACAACGUUACCACUUUCUCUGGAAUUGGCAGUGCAAUUACGGCGGUAUCCAAAGAAAAUAAUCUUAUAACCGCAAACUCAGACUAUCGGCGACAAGGAAAAACGGCAGGAUUAUAAAAAAUCACUUCAUAUACAAUUCUCGAUGCAUAAUAUGACUUUAUAAUUUAUACCGGAAUUUCUUUGUGUCACUGCAAGUUAAAAAAAAGAAUCCUAUUAAUAAUUGUAAUUGUCUUUUACGUUCACAGUUACUAAUGCUACAAGAUUUAACAGAUAUGAUGUGGAAUUUCUAUUGUUGUGUAUGUCAUGUUUUUUAUUUAACACAUUGUAGACCGUAUAAUAUUAAUUGCAUAAAAGUUUUUUUCUUGCGUCUUGUUAAUUAUUUUGCCGCGAAAGAUUAUUUAAAAGACGUAAAUGUUUCCUGUUUUCAAUGCUACAAAAACAAAAUACAUGUAUUUACGUCUCCAGUCCGCAAUGUAUAAAGUUGUACAUGCAUUAAUUAUCUUGAUAAAAAAUUCAUUAAAAAUCUUGAUAAUAAUCUUGAAAUUCAUCCUCUAUCGUAUGCGUUAUAUAUAUUAUUUUUUUGUCUGAUAACAACGCCGCGUAACGCUGACUAUUUAAAAGAUGUAACUCAAGAUUUCCUCAAUGCUUUAAAAAGAAAACACGUUGAUUUAUACAUGUACAUACAUAUGUACAAAUUCUGCCAUGUAUUAAAAAAGUGCAGUAAAUAGUACAAUAAAAAGUGCAGUAACAAAGUACAUUAUAAAACUACAAUGUCGUCAUAGUAUGUGAUUAGACAAUUUUCAUUCAAAUAUCAAAAUUCAAAUAUCUAAUUUUAAUGUUAUAAAUUUAAAACAAAAUGUAUGUCAAAGCAUUAUUUUAGGCUGUGUAAUAUACAAUAUAUCGUGUCGAUUCAAAAUGUGAAAAGGCACUUUUUACUUACUUAAACAAUUAUCAUAUUGUGCGCAUUUAUGACACAUCUACAAUAUGUUCAUAAAUAACUGAAUCAAUAUAAUAUUUUACCUCCAAUUUUGAUUUGGCUGUAAAUACUUAAAAAUUUAAAUUUUAAGAUGUAUUCAUAUUACUUUAUAUUGUUCUCGUAGCAAAUAGCAUUGCAUUUGUACAUAUUUCAUGUUUCAUACAUGAUUAAAAUAUAUGAAAAUAAAAAUAUGCUUGUAUUUAGUA